CCGCCGGGGCUCGGAGCGCGUGGGGCUGUCGCCGCUGUCGCCGCUGUCGCCACUGUCGGGUGUGAGCGCCCCGUGCCCGCCGGGGGGAUGUCGGGCCGCCCGCCGCGGCAGGAGGACGGGGAGAGCGCGGCGCUGCGCCACAGGGAGGAGCUGAGUCGGCAGAUUAAAGAGCAGAAGGUCGUAGUAGAUGAGCUUUCUAAUUUGAAGAAGAACAGGAAAGUUUAUAAGCAGCAACCCAACAGCAACAUAUUCUUCCUUGUGGACCGAACAGAAACGCUGUCUCAAUGCAAAAAUACAUUAGAUGAAUUAAAGAAGGCACACCAGGAGAUGGAAAAUUCAGAAAAAGCUAAAAUGAAGAAAUAGUUCACGUGAAUUCCAAGUCGCAAUGUGUGGUAUUUGUUGUGUUGUUACUUUGUGUAGCCAACGUGCUAUUCCCGAUUUCCUUAGUGAAGACACACUCCACCGUCUUAGAAGAAGAGGACCAGACAGUAGCCAACAGUUGAUAAAAACUGUGUCAGAUCUUUCUUACAAAUGUCUGUUUUCUGGCCAUGUACUUCGCUUGAGGGGACUGGUGACUCCUCAGCCUCUAGAAGAUGCCAAUAACAAUGUUUUUCUUUGGAAUGGAGAAGUUUUCAAUGGAGUGCAUGUAGGAGAUCUGGACAAUGACACUCAAGUAAUGUUUCAUCAUCUCACACUAUGCAGGAGUGAAGAGGACAUUUUGUCACUCUUUUCAUCACUCCGGGGUCCCUGGUCUUUUA